AUGCUAACAGGAAGCACUGGCAGGCUACACAAUAGCAAACAAAAUUGGAUAGCCUCAUUGCAGCAUGGUCUCUACCAUAAAACAGAAUCAUACGCAUACAGCCGCGUGCAUCUGGACACAAGACUGUCCGAAGUAACCUGUGUCCUAUCAGCAGAAUUUCCGAAUCCAGAUGCAGGAUUCUUCAAAAGACAUAGCCCAUUCCUGUCUGGGGGCAUAGCAAGUCAGAAAUGCUGGUGUAUAUCGUGGACAAGGCCACAGUUUCCGGAUACAAGUGACGACAUACAACCAGUAUUCUACAGCAGUACUAUCUCUCACGGCCAGAUUCCUGCAAGCGACGACAAAUUCCUACAGCAAUACAUUGGCGAAUUAUUUCAGGAAUGGUCCCUAAUAUGCGAUGAAAUUGAGACGCAUGUCAUUGAUCAUUGCAAUGGUGACGAGACGAGCGCCAUUGUUCUGAUUACUGAUCUAGCUGAUGAUUCACGUGACUUGGCCACCAUUCAGAGGCCCUUCAAGACCAGGUAA